AUGCCGGAUGAUUUCGUCGCUAGGAUUCAGGGUACACAAGUAGACCCCAACAUUCCCACAAGUGAUGCGGACCGACUCCCUUUCAUUAAUGGUCAGACAGGCGAGCGCAUUGGGGAAAUCAAAUCGAGCAAAUUUUACCGUCUCCGACGCGACAAGUUCCGUAAGCUGUUGAUGGAAGGACUCGAUAUCAAAUGGGAAAAGAGUCUUACGGAUAUCAUAUACUCUGCAGAUGAGACGAAAGUCACAGCACGCUUCGCAGAUGGAACAAAGGACACAGGUAGUCUUUCGGUUGCAUCCGACGGUACACAUUCGACAGUGCGGGAGCUGCUCGUCGGAGCUGAGAAAGCUAAGGUGACCCCCACCGAAUUUGCUACAAGCUUGUGCUUCACGAAGCACUCCCGAGAGCGAGCUUUGUUCCUACGGAGUACACCGUUUCACCCACUCUAUCAGGUCGCCCCACAUCCCAAUGGCUACUUUGGCUGGCUUAGUCUCCACGACGGUGAUGAUGUCGAUCACCCUGAGAAAUGGACGUUCUUCCAUUACAUUGUCUUGUCCCGAGCCUCGAAACGUGGAAAACAACAAGUCAAUGGCUGGACAUCUCGCAUACCAGAAGGAAUUGGCCAAAGAAUUCUGCGACCCUUUCAGGAGCUUUUUCGAAUGGACACCAACCGACAACCCCUUAUGGUAAAGAAGGAUCCAAGCGAAGACAAGCCGGGAGAAUCAACGGCCGAAUCACUCUUGCAGGGGAUGCAGCGCACCCGAUGA